AUGGCGCCCACCAGCCGAGUAUUUCUCACGCGCCAUGCGCAGGCCGAGCAUAAUGUAGCCGGAGACUAUACUAUCCUUGAUGCGCCACUGACGCCCCUCGGCAAGAAACAGGCCGCGGCGCUCGGGCCGGUUAUUGCAAGUUUGCAGCAGGAAGCAGACGUGCUUAUCUCGUCUCCGUUGCGCCGCACAUUGCAGACGACCAUGCUUGGGUACAAGGAUGCAGUGGAGCGGCUUGGUGGGCCGAAGCAUGUAGUUGUACUUCCCCAGAUGCAAGGCUCUGACCGUGCCGUGCUGGAGAGCGAUCCAGAAUUUAGUGUAUUUGAAUUGAGCGCGCUUACGCCUGAGUGGAACAGCAAGGCUGGAUUCUACGCUCCCGAUUCUGCUUCGUUGGAUGCGCGUGCCCAAUGGCUCCGUCAGUAUCUCCGCGCUCGUCCCGAGCAGAACAUUGUCGCAGUAGCACACGGCGACAUCCUGCGCCACAUGAUCCAGGAAGAGCACCCGUGGACGAAUGCAGAAGUGCGCCUCUUUCAAUUCGAUCCUGCCGCUGUUGAUUCCGACGCAUGUCCCCUUGUUGCGAUCCAAAAUGUCGCUGCUGGCGGGCACACAGACUAUGAACUAGAGCAGCACUUACAGGACGCAACAGACGAUACAUCUCUCUCUGCCGUCGAGUCGCGCGUCAAGCAAAUGUACGUACGUCUUACCACACCGACACGCAGCCAAGCCCAUGUCGAAUCGCAGGCGAGCGAGCUAGAGGCGCUCGACCGGCGCCUUGCCGCGGCAGACGCGAAGAAAGCCCAGCUGGAGACGCAGCUGGGCUGA